CAGUGCCGGUUCAUCUCCACUAAUGGUGUGCAGAACAAGGGGGACUUGAAGAAAAAAAAAACUUCCAAUCAACAAAACAUUAACAUCAUUUGAAAACCAAGCAAAAAAAAAGCAACAAAAAUUACUUCAUCAUGAGCUUCGACCCUUUCACCACUUCCCCCCUCUCCCGGCGCUGGGAAGAUUACCAAUCCAGCACCUCCACCUACCGAAUCUCCAGGGGGCCCUUGUCCUCCUCCAGGUGGGCGAUGCGUUUGGAGCCUCUGCAGCGCUGGGAGCAGAGCGACCUGAGUCAGGCCAGUCUAGUGAAUGCAGAGCUGCUGGAUCUGCGGGUCCAAGAACGAGAGCAGCUAGUGGGUCUGAACAACCGCUUUGCAUCCUACAUAGAGAAGGUGAGACACCUCGAGCAGCAAAACCGGGCUCUGCUCCUGCAGCUGGAGGCCCUGCGCCGCAGACAGAGUCAACCGUCCCGCGUGCAGCAGCUCUACCUGCAGGAGGUCCGGGGCCUCAGGGAGCAGCUGCACCAGGAGGCCCAGAAUAAAGCACGCAUGGAGGUGCAGAUGGAGAAGCUGAGGGAAGUCCACGCACAGCUGCACGAGCGCUGGGAAGAAGAGGCAAGGCGGCGGAGCCAAGCUGAGGAGGACCUGCAGCAGCUGCGGGACGAGGCAGGUCAGGCCGCUCUGUGCAGCUGCGAUGCAGAGGCCAGUGUGGUCUCUCUGGUGCAGGAGCUGGCCUUCCUGAAGCAGGUGUUCGCUGAGGAGCAGGAGGGGCUCAGGGUCCAGCUACAGGUGGCCAGCCUCAGCGUUGAGCUGGAUACGAGCAGGCCAGACCUGUCGGCUGCUCUGAGAGAGAUCCGGGCGCAGUAUGAGAGCCUGGCCGGACGUAACAUGCAGACUGCCGAGGCCUGGUUUCGGGGGAAGGUGGCGAGCGUAGUGGAGCUGACAGAUAAGCAGGAGGAGGCUGUGCGGGUGGUACGUGAGGAGACCGCUGAGUACCGGCGCAUGCUGCAGUCUCGUUCUGCUGAGGUCGAGGCAUUGAGGAACGUCAUCAAUUCCCUGAACAUACAGCUGGGAGAGCUGGAGGAGAUGCAGAACUCUGAAGUCACCAAGUACCAGGGGAAGAUAGGUGACCUAGAAAGGGACAUUGGUGAUGCGAAAGAAGAAAUGUCUCGAUAUUUGAGGGAGUAUCAGGAUCUGCUUAAUGUGAAGAUGGCUUUGGAUGUUGAGAUUGCUGCUUACAGGAAACUCCUGGAAGGAGAAGAAAUUCGGUUUACGUAUUCCUCCCUCCCAGCCCUCGCUUAACCUUGCGUUCAUACUUUGAACACAGUUGAGUCAGAUUCAACUUAAAUCCUAAAAUAAUACCCUAAACAUCAUCCCUGACAGGUUUACUCAUUUUCUCCAAAACCCCUGCUAAACUUGACCCAUCAUUUAAAGGGAUAGUUCACCCAAAAAAGCACAUUCAAGUGUUUCAAACCUUUAUAUGUUUCUUAUUAUUCUGCUGAACACAAAAGAAGAUAUUGUGAAGAAUGUUGGAAACUGGUAGCCAUAGACAAUCAUAGUAGAAAAUAAACAAAUAUUAUGGUAGUCAAUGGCUGCCAGUUUCCAUCAUUUUUCAAAGUAUCUUCUGUUCUGUUUAGGUUUGUGUCAAGUAAAUGGUGAGUAAAUGAUGAUAAAAUUUUAAUUUUGCGGUGAACUAACCCUUUAAGACCCCCUUUAACCAAAUUCACACACAAAACCCUUUACAUUUACCUCAGAUCCUCUUUAAGUUACUUCCACCCAGUUCAGCCAUGAAACUAAACCUCCUCAUUUCAUUGCUUCAAAGUCAGACGAGCCCUUGUGUCACACAAGAGGUACACAUAAAGAGGUCCCCCUUCUUCUUUACACUUGAAAUGGACAAAUGACCACCUUAGAGACAUCGCUAGGGGUAGCACUCACUCAGCCAGAGCUAAGUGUUCUGUUGGCAGAUUCUCACAGAGACUUGGAGAUGGUUCCCCUUUAAGAACACUUCACAAACUUCAGAACAUUCACCCGUUGAGUCAAUGAUCACCCUAUAUAUGCAGACUUUUAACCAAUUGUUUGUUGAGGUGAAUCAUUGUGCAAUCUCAGUUGGGUGUUAGGAAUGACCAAUUUGUUAAUUCGGCAUUAGACCAAGAAUCAGCCAACAGGACACCGUCCACCAUCACUGGCUCUUUAGAGGAUAUUUUAUUAGUGCAAAGGUUAAAAGGAUAGUUCACCCAAAAAUGAAAAAUCUCUCAUCGUUUACUCGCCCACUCACGAGUGUUUCAUUACCUUGAACACAAAAAAAUAUAUAUUUAUUUUACAUAAAGUAUUUUGAAGGAAGCUGAAAACCUGUAACCAUUGACUUCCAUAGUAGGAAAUACAAAUACUAUGGAAGUCAAUGGUUACAGGUGUGAAACAUUUUUCAAAAUAUCUUCUUUUGUGUUCAAUAAAAUAAAGAAACUUGUGGAUAAGUAAGUGAUAGAAUGUCAUUUUGGGGUGAAUUAUCUCUAAGUGUUAGCUAUGUUUUGAUGUGUUAUUUUUCGGUUAAUGUUGUAGUAAUGUUUUAUUUGCCGUGUCUGUGUUCUGCGUCUCAUGUGUUGUUUUGUUGUGGAUAUUUGAUUCUUUUUGCUUCAGCAUUUGCAAUAUUUUAAGCAUGACUAAAAUCAAGAGUAGAAAUGACGAGAUGUCUAGGAGUGUUUUUAGACUUGAGGGUAAAAUGCUACUAUCAUGCUGUCAUCUGCUUUUGUUGUGUCAUCUAAGUUAUAACGUAAGUCAGUUAUUAGUGAUUUUGGAAAUGAACAAGAAACCGAUUCUGUCUAUCGUGGCAGUUUCUGAACCGAAUGGUGCUGUAUGUUUGCACCUAAAUUACACGAUGAAUAAAGCAACAGUACCUCUUCUGGA